AUGUUGGAAGGUCUCGUCGCCAACCUUCUCAACCGCUUCUUGGGCAUGUACGUCAAAAAUUUCGACCCAAAGCAACUCAACGUCGGGAUCUGGUCUGGUGACGUCAAACUGCGAAACCUCGAACUUCGACGCGAAGCUCUGGACCAGCUGCAUCUGCCCAUCAACGUGGUAGAAGGUCGGUUGGGGGAACUGACCAUAUCCAUUCCGUGGUCGAAUCUUCGUGGAAAGCCCGUCAGAGUCAACAUUGAGGAUGUGUUCUUACUUUCAGCCCCGAAAUCCGAGGACGAUUACGAUGCAGAAGAGGAAGAGAAACGCGCCGUCGCCGUCAAGCUGGAGAAACUCGAGAGUGCCGAGCUACUGAAAGAACGCAAUACCGAGGCUAUGAGCCCGGAGGAGCAGCAAAAGAACCAGAGCUUCACCCAGAGUUUAGUAACGGCUAUCGUCGACAAUCUGCAGGUUAGCAUCAAGAACAUUCACAUACGAUAUGAAGAUUCAAUAGCCACGCCGGGCCAUCCAUUCGCCGUUGGUGUGACCCUCAAGGAGAUGAGCGCCGUGAGCACCGAUUCCGAAUGGCGACCAACUUUCAUCCAAUCCACGUCAGACACCACACACAAGCUGGCUGUGUUGAACUCUCUGGCCGUCUACUGGAACAGCGAUGCGGAUCUGUUUGGAACCGGCAGGGGAGGUGAUGUCGGCGCCGAUGCACAAGAAAUUGACAAGCAAGAUCUGCUACGCCGCUUCAAAGAAGGCAUAGAGGACACGGGCAAUUCUCAAUACCUGCUGAAGCCAGUGAGCGGGCGCGCGGGUAUUGAAAUGGAUAAGACAGGCCGAACUGACCGACCAAAACUCAAAGCACGUCUCUUAUUCCAAGAACUGGGCUUCAUUCUGGAUGAGGACCAAUACCGGGACGCCUUGAUGCUGGUUGAUCUGAUGCAUUACUUCAUUCGUCACCAUCAGUACAAGAGAGUGCAGCCUGAGAAAAGUCCCAAAGACGAUCCACGAGCCUGGCUGAAAUUCGCAGGCUCUGCCGUGCUAGACAAGAUCCACGAUCGCAACCGAAAGUGGACCUGGGAUUACUUCAAAGAACGCCGAGACAUGCGCCUUCAGUAUAUUGACCUAUUCAAGAAGAAGAAAAAGGACCAGAAAUUGACGGAACAAGAAACAAAAGAUCUCAACGAUCUCGAGUACAAGUUGAGCUAUGAAGACUUACGUUUCUGGAGAUCUUUGGCCCAUUCCCAGCUGCGGAAGGAGAAUGUUGGCGUCAAGAAGCCUGCGCCAAAGCAGACUUGGGGCCAAUGGAUGUGGGGCUCAAAACCAGCUGAAACAGACAAGGACGACGACUCUGCCAUGACAGACGAACAGCGCAAGGAGCUCUACAACGCCAUUGACUGGGAUGAAAAGAAAGCUAUUGCAGAAAGUGUCGAUCUGCCACGAGAGACUGUGAAGCUACAGUUGGAGACGAGUCUACGAACUGGAAGUUUCACUCUGAAGCGCGACCCUCAUGGUCAAGGUACAGAGGUUCUCAAAUUGGUUUUUGAUAAUUUUAGAGCCAAGGCACUGCAACGACCGGAUUCCCUGCUGGCCGAUGUGGCACUUGGCGGUUUCCGCGUCUACGACGGUACCACUGAAGGAAGCUUGUUUCCCCAGAUCGUCAAGGUCAAAGGAGUCGAGGACCAGCCCAAAGACGAACAAAGAUCGGAAGAUGGCGAUUCUCUCGAAGGCAGCCAAGAGACGGACGAAAAGGCCUCAAAUGGUGAAAACGUCGAAGACAGCCUGUUCCACCUGGUUUUAGAGAACCAUCCUCUGGAUGAAAGUGCCGACACGAAAAUCAUGUUGAAGUUGAAGAGUCUCGAGUUCAUCCACAACCCCAAGUUUGUCGUGGAAAUAGCUAAAUUCUUCAAGCCUCCUGAGCGGCACAUGGAGUCCAUUGGUGCCUUGCUUGAAACAGCUGGGGCAACGGUUGAGGAGAUUCGACAGCAGACGAGAGCAGGGCUCGAAUUUGCCCUGGAAGAGCACAGGACCAUCAACGCAAACCUCGACAUCCAAGCGCCCAUCUUUAUUAUCCCAGAAAGCAUCACGGAAGAAAGUACACUUUGCAUGAUUCUGGAUGCCGGUCACGUCAGCUUGAACAGCGAACUCGUUGACAAGGACACGAUGAACGACAUCCGCUCGAAACAGAAGCAACAGUAUACCGAGCAAGACUUCAAACAACUCGAAGGCUUGAUGUAUGACAAGUUCCAUCUAAAGCUCGAAUCAACGCAGGUCCUCAUAGGACCUGGUAUUGAAGCAACGAGGGCAGAACUUGAAGCCUCGGACGACUCGAAACAGAUGCAUAUCAUCGAUCGCAUCAGCAUGGGUUUCCUCCUAGAGAACUCCAUCGUUCCGAAGGCACCUGAUAUCACCAAGACACGGAUAUCGGGAACAUUGCCUGUUCUGCACGCGUCGCUAUCGGACAAGAAAUACAAAAAUUUGAUGAGACUGCUGGAAGUCGCCGUGCCCAAAUUCGAUUCUGCACCCGAUGCCAGUGGCACUGACAAAGUCAAUGAAGCGAACAGACAAGAGGAUAAUGUCCGAUCGAAAAGGAAAUCGGUACAAUUAUUGGAGACCAAGGACGUGCCAAUCAUCGACCCAGACUCCGAUUCUGAAGAUGCCUCCACUCAAGUGGUUGCCAAAGCCGAAGCACAUGAAGCGCCGGCAAACAUACACCAGCGCAACUUCGAAAUUAAUUUCACCGUUGAAAAGCUGCAAGCAUCACUGUACAAGGCUGACCCCGAGGGCAAAAAGCCGGAUCAGCUCUUGGUCGAGCUUGUGGCCGAACAUUUCUUUUUCGACUUCUACCUCCGCCCAUAUGACAUGGUUGCUGAAGUUCUCCUGCGCUCCGUAACGGUGGACGAUCACAUCGAGGAGGAACCUUUGCCCGAAUUUAAGCAGAUAAUAUCAUCAAAGGGUUUCGAGGCUGAAGAAGGGAAAGACCUGCUAAAUGUGAAGUUUGUCAAAGUCAAUCCAGAAUCGCCAGAGUUCCAAUCUACGUAUGAAGGCAUCGCGACGAACCUCGAUGUGUCAGUCUCUACAAUCAAUGUCAUCGUGACCAGGAGAACGUUGUUGACACUUCUGGACUUUGUCCUGACAACAUUUGCCGGCGCCCCAAAGCAGAACCAAGCACAGCUUGAUCAAGGCAGUGACACGAGCGAAGUCCAAGAUUCGCCCGACACAUCGCCAGCCAAACAGCAGCAAGACAAGAUCAGGAUCAAGGCUGCGUUAACCAGCAUCGCGCUUAUCUUGAACAACGACGGCGUGCGUCUUGCGACGCUCUCAUUGAACUCGGGUGAUGUUGGGAUUUUUCUCGAUGCCGGAACUAUGCAGGUCAAGGCAAGAUUAGGUAGCUUAUCAUUAGUCGACGAUGUCAAUCAAGGCGCACCUGAAAACUCGCCUCUGCGUCGACUGAUCGCAAUUGAGGGCGACGAUCUGGCCGAUUUCAAAUACCAGACUUUCAAUUCGGCGCGAAGCGACUAUCCCGGGUAUGAUUCUGGCAUCUUCUUACGGUCUGGUUCCAUCAAGGUGAACUUCUUGGAGGAGCCAUUUCGAAAGAUCAUGGAAUUUGGUGUCAAGUUCGGCAAGAUGCAAGCCAUCUUCAAUGCUGCGAGGCAAGCCGCUGCAGAACAAGCAACUCAGGUUCAAGAAAGCGCCCAGAAGAUGCAUUUCGACAUUGUCAUCAAGACUCCGAUCGUGGUGUUCCCGAGAGCAAUGGUGGAUGACCGACCACGUGACCUGCUGACUGCCUAUUUAGGUGAGAUCUAUGCCAGCAACAAGUUCGUGGGCGUUCAGGGCCAGAAGGGCGGUCCCCUGGUGAACAAAUUGUCGACUGGAAUCAGACAUAUUCGCCUGACCACUGAGUUCCACUAUGAAGACGGACAGUCACAAGAACUUGAAAUGAUUGACCAGGUUGACUUGGAUUUCAAGAUUAGAUACCUGGAACACCAAGCAGGAUUGGAACGGCCCGAUCUUGAGAUCGACGGAUCAAUGUCUCCUAUCAACUUGCGGGCGUCUCAGGCACAAUUCAAGUUCUUAAUGGAGCUCUCAAAAACAAUACCUGCCGCGUUUGCUACCGAGAACGAGUCUGACGAGGACAUCGCCGAAGAAUUACCGGCCGAGACUGCUAAAGCCAUUCAGAACGAGGAGCCGUCCACAGAAGAGAGCGCUGUUGGCACCUAUCAAGGCCCUGAGCUUGGCUCGAGCGACGAGACGUGGACCAAGUUGAAUUUCGUGUUCAAGGCACCCACCAUCAGUCUUGAGCUCUUCCUCGCCGAGGAAGAGCACCCAACCGAGAACUUUGACGCUGCCAGUAUCUCCAAGUUUGCUCUGAAUGAGACAAACGUAAAGCUCCGCAUGAUCAGCGAUGGGGCCAUGGAAGCCGAGCUAUUGGUUCACUCCUUCACUAUCCGUGACAGUCGCAAGCAGGAAACUAACAAGUUCCGAAAGAUCAUGUCUUUGAUCAACACUGAUGUUCAGCAACAGUUUAUGGCCAGUGUGUCGAUCACGGGUGGGAAAGAGAGACAUAUGAUCGUCAUGUUAACCAUCGACAGCCCUCGUAUCAUCGUUGCUCUCGACUACGUAUUUGCACUUCAGGCAUUCGCAAACGCAGCAUUACAGUCUGACGAACCACCUCCAAUUGCGGACCUGGACGACUCUACUGAUGGUGGCAGCCUGAAGAGUCCCUCGGAGGAACGUGGCGACAUACUCGCCGAAGAUCAAGGAGGUACAGCUAGCGAGUCGUCUUCGAUGACCAUGUCUUUCCGAGUCAACGUUGUUGAUGCUCAGGUCAUCCUCAUUGCAAAUCCUGCUAUAUCGAACACCGAGGCAAUUGUGCUCGGUACAAAGGAGGUCCUAGUUGGAAAACAAAAUGCAACAACCCUGCAAAUAUCAAAGGUUGGCAUGUUCUUAUGUCGAAUGGAUAAAUUCGAGACGAGCCGCCUGAGAAUUUUGGAUGACUUCAGUGUCUCCAUGUCGAUGGACAGUCGAAGCCAAGGUGCGGACUCUUCUCUGACUUCAAUCAGCAUAGAGGUAGAGCCUCUUGUUCUCCGCCUGUCACUACGCGAUAUCUUGCUUGCCAUGCAGAUUGUUCAAAAGGCCUCUUCGACGAUGGCGCAGCCCAAGAUGCAGCAAGAUUCGGAACCAAAGAAGAUCAAAGACGUUAAAAGCUCUUCUACGGCGGCAUCGACAAAACGCAAGUCUGUGGCGGGACAAACCAUCAGCACAACGAAGAGAUCAAAGCGAUCAAAGUCGAUCUCGAAACCCGCUGCAAAGCAGCCUCCCAAGAGUUCGGUGGUCAUGAGUAGAGAAGAGCUGAUCGCAACUGUGGAUGGAAUUAGAGUCAUCCUGAUCGGAGAUCUACAUGAACUCCCACUCCUGGACUGGAGUGUCAAGCAAUUCCAGGUGGACGUUCGUGACUGGUCCGGUGCAAUGGCAGCAGACACGAAGAUUGAUACCUUCAUUAACGUCUACAAUUUUUCCAAGUCUGCAUGGGAACCUCUCAUCGAACCAUGGAAGCUGGGAUUCCAUAUGUCCAAAGAGCUCCACCCUGAAGUGCUGUCUAUGGAACUCUACUCUCACAAGAAUAUGGAACUUACAAUAACCUCAGCCACUAUAGCACUUGCGUCGAAAUCGUUCAAUUUCUUGUCAACGGACGAAGACAUUCUAUCCAAGCCGAGAGUGGCAGAUGCACCAUACAGGAUACGAAACUACACGGGAUUUGAUCUCAGUGUAUGGGCUGACGAAAAGAGCGACAAUGCAGCUGCAGCCAAGCUCAGCGAUGGCGAAGAGUAUGCCUGGCGCUUCGAGGAUGCAACAUCAAUGCGUGAAAGUUUGACUCCUGAAGGAAACGCAGGCUUGGUGGGCGUCAAGCUUGAGGGAAGCGGUUUCGAGAGCGUCAACCGCAUCCCUGUCAUUCGUGAAGGCGAAACACUGUACAACCUGAAGCCACGAAAGGAUGGGGUACAGCAUCGCAUGCUGGUUGAGGUCAAGCUUGGGUCGGACAACGUGAAAUACAUCACCUUCCGUUCGCCUCUCCUGGUCGAAAACAGAACUCAGAUACCUAUUGAGGUUGGUGUCUUCAGCCCCGAACAGGGAGACCUUCUUAAGAUUGAGAAGGUCGCUCCUGGGGACGCAAAGCCAGCUCCAGUGGGAGCAGCUUUUGUGCACUCCCUUCUGAUCAGACCAGAUCAAGGCUUUGGCUAUGGAUGGUCAAGUGACCAGCUAUUCUGGAAGGACCUACUCAAGAAGUCGACGCGGACGCUCACAUGUGCCGCAGAAGGGAGGGACGAGUCUCCGCCAUUCUUCUUCCAGAUGCAUGCAGCAUAUAACUCGAAGGACCCCAUGACCAGAAUUUACCCUUACAUGAGGAUCCAGAUAUCCGCACCAGUCGAGGUACAGAACCUCCUUCCGUACGAUUUCAAGUAUCGAAUCUACGACAAGAACACAAAGAAGGACUGGACAAACUUCCUCCGCAAAGGCGGCAUCAGCCCAGUACAUGUGGUUGAGCUGUCCCACCUCCUCUUGCUAAGUGUCGAACUUGAGAACACUCCCUUCAGGCAGAGCGACUUUGCAAUCAUCAACAGUAAUACUCAAGAGGAGUUCCGGAGGGAAAAGGCGGUGCAGCUGAGGGACGAACAUGGCGCACAUCUCAAACUCAAGCUCCACUAUACGAAUAUGAAGGACAGUGGAGGUGCAUUCAGAGUAUCAAUCUACAGUCCGUACGUUCUAUUGAACAAGACCGGACUCGAUAUGAGCGUCCAGAGCAAGGCUUUCUUCGGAUCCGCAAAGACCGCCGCGUCACAAGGUGCUCGCACCAGCUCCGGCCAUGGGAAGGCACUACCCAUGUUGUAUUCCUAUGCCACCGAUGAUCGCAAAAACCGCUCUUUGUUAAAGAUCGGCGACUCCACGUGGAGCAAGCCGCAGAGCUUCGACGCCAUCGGGAGCGCCUAUGAGGUCGUUCUCACUUCCGCCUCGGGUAAGUCGGAACUCCAUGUCGGAGUUUCAGUCACGGAGGGAGAAGGCAAAUACAGCCUGAGCAAAGUCGUCACGAUCGCGCCUCGAUUCAUGUUAAAGAACAAGAUAGGGGAAGACAUCGAGCUCCGCGAACCUGGCUCUUCCGAAGUCAUCAAGAUGGCGAAUAAUGACCUCGUUCCAAUCUACUUCAUGCGACAGUGCCCGGAAAAGCAGCUGUGCAUGUGCUUCCCUGGAGUUAACAACCAGUGGUCGUCUCCUUUCAACCUGGCCAACGUUGGCAUGACUCAUGUCAAACUUGCGAAGCAUGGUCAAAGGCAACGACUUGUUCGUGUGGAAAUCAUUCUUGAAGAUGCAACUUUGUUCCUGCAUUUCAGCAUUGAAACGAAGCACUGGCCUUUCUCGAUGCGCAACGAAAGCGACACCGAGUUCUUGUUUUUCCAGGCCAAUCCGAACAUUGCCGAGGAUGAAGAAGAAGAUCAAGGGAGUGGCUGGAAACCCAUCCGCUACAAGUUGCCCCCACGGAGCAUCAUGCCUUAUGCUUGGGAUUAUCCGGCUUCGAAGAACAAAGAGCUUGUGCUGACCGCGAGAGGCCGAGAGAGAUACGUCAAGUUGAUGGAAAUCGGGAACCUAAUUCCGAUCAAGUUACCCCCCGAUGGUCGCGGUGGUCCUCCGAAAGUAAUCGAUGUCAAUAUCGUUGCUGACGGACCGACACAAACGCUGGUGCUCUCAAAUUACAAGCCAUCCAAGUCACUCUACCGACAGAAGACAGGUAUGACCAACGCUUCACAGACCAGCUUGAACCAAGGGUUCGAAGUCAAGCAGAUCGAAUCCGAACUGAAUUUCAAAGCUGAGCUCAGACUCGCCGGCAUUGGUGUGUCUCUAGUGAACAGUAAUCUGAAAGAGCUCAUGUAUCUCACCUGGCGUGAAAUUGAGUUCAAGUAUGGGGAAUCCAAACUCUACCAAACGUUGAACGCGACCGUCAAAUGGAUUCAGAUUGACAAUCAACUCUACGGCGGCAUCUUCCCCAUACUGCUGUAUCCAAGUGUCGUCCCCAAGACUGGCAAAGAAAUGGAAACUCAUCCGAUCUUCCACGCAAUGGUCACCCGAGUGAAGGACGACUCGUACGGUGUCUUGUACAUCAAAUACGCUACGCUACUCUUGCAGCAGAUUACUGUCGAGCUGGACGAGGACUUCAUUUUUGCAAUGCUUGAUUUCCUGAAAGUGCCAGGUGCGUCGUGGGCGGAAGAGAAAGAAGGUAAACUUUGUGACGAGGACUUGGACAUCCCGGAACCUACGCGGGAACAGCAAGGACAAGACGUCUACUUUGAGCUUCUGCACUUGCAGCCGAUCCAACUUGACCUUUCGUUUGUGAGAACGGAACACAUUAACGCUGAAGACAACUUUGUCAACAGCCCAUUGAUGUUCUUUGUCAAUGUCAUGACCAUGUCGAUUGGCAAUGUCAACGAUGCACCUAUCAAGCUGAACGCACUACUCCUGGAGAAUGCGCGAGUCUCGGUGCCGGCCCUCGUUGCAAACAUUCAAAAUCACUACACGCAGGAAGUUCUCCGCCAGGUUCACAUUAUCCUCGGAUCAGCCGAUUUCCUCGGCAACCCGGUCGGUUUGUUCAACAGCGUGAGUUCAGGUGUGGCAGACAUCUUCUACGAGCCGUACCAGGGGCUGGUGAUGACCGACCGACCUCAGGAGCUGGGUCUUGGCAUUGCCAAAGGCGCCAGCAGUUUUGUCAAAAAGUCCGUCUUUGGGUUCAGUGACAGCAUGGCCAAAUUCACCGGGUCCGUUUCGAAAGGUCUCGCUGCUGCAACCAUGGACAAGGAGUUCCAGGACCAACGACGCAUGUCGAAGAACCGGAAUCGACCGAAGCAUGCACUGUAUGGCGUCACCUCCGGCGGUAACGCGUUUGCCGCGAGCAUGGCCAGUGGAAUCGGCGGUUUGGCACGGCAUCCGCUCGAGGGCGCCGAGAAAGAAGGUGCACUCGGCUUCGUCAAAGGUGUUGGGAAAGGCUUCCUUGGCCUAGCCACCAAGCCGGCCAUCGGAGCCUUCGACCUUGCGUCCAACGUUGCCGAGGGUGUCCGAAAUACCACGACGGUGUUUGAUGCCGAGGGGCUCGACCGCGUGCGUCUGACUCGCUUCAUUGGUAUGGAUGGUAUUGUCAGGCCAUACUCACAACGCGAGGCGCUCGGACAGUUCUGGCUGAAGACUGCGGACGACGGCAAGUACUUCAACGAGGACUACAUUGCGCACUUGGAACUAGAGGGUCGUGACAUGAUGGUGGUGAUCACGUACGACCGGAUCCUCAUGAUCAGGACCAAGAAGCUGCGGGUGGAAUGGGACGUAAGAUUGACGGACAUCCAGACCAUCAGCAAAGAGAGGACCGGCAUGAGUAUUGGACUCAAAGGCGGUGCCAACGGGCCUUUCAUUCCCGUCACGGACGAGGGCAGCAGGAAUUGGCUGUACAAGCAGAUUGCAAUCGCCGUUAAUGCGUUCAAUGACAAGUAUAAUGCAAAAGGAUGA